AUGGUCCCCGGAUUGGCAAAAACGGAAUCCAACCGGAAUCUGGUUUGUUUGGCACAUGCCCAUUGCCAAACAAACAACUGUUUGGCACGCCUGUCCAAACACAACCCUCUCUCCUCCCACCACCACCAACCUCUCCUCCCACCACCACCAACCUCUCCUCCCACCACCACCAACCUCUCCUCCCACCACCACCAACCUCUCCUCCCACCACCACCCACGUCCCUGCUCCUUAUAAAUGCGCGCCUGCUACCCACCCACGCCACGUCACCAUGGUCACCUGUGGCCACCACUGCCCACAAAGCUUGUCAACCGCCAACAACGACCACAUCAACAACAACGCGGCAACGCCAUGUCAGCAAGCAAAUGAUCCCUGGCGAGGUCAAGGCGUUGAAAAUGGACCACAAGGGACAAGGGACGACCACAUCAACACAUGACCACCAUGACCACGCCCAUGGACCACGACACGCCCCACGAUGUCAAUGGAUGGCCACGUCAACAGACGCCAAUGCCAAUGACGACACGCACCAUCACGUCAAUGGACCACCACCACGUCAACGGACGACGACCACGCCAACAGACAAUGACCACGCCAACAGACGCCCACGUCAACAGACGCCCAUGUUAACAGACACCCACGUCAAUGCACAACGACGUGCCCCCGACGAUGGGAAUCCAAGGUGCCACGUCGCUGUCAGCGACAUGGCAACCAAAUGA